AUGGCGACUAGCUCCGAGCGCAGUCCUCCUCCUUUUCCAGAGUCGGAGGACCAGGAUAUUUUGAUGGACACCGAGGAAGUGGGACAACAACAGCGGGACAGCGACUACGGGGACGAGGACGAGGAGGGGGACGAGCUGUUCAUGAGCACCAUCAGUGACCCACCAGAUACUGACACCACACCUGCAGCCACCAGCCAAAACACUGACCCUUCUUUGGAGUCACCCAUCGACCCCCUUGUUGACCCCCUUAUUGAUCCCCUCAACGACCCCCUCGUUGAUCCCAUUAGCGACCCAGUUAGCGACCCAGUUAGCGACCCUGUUAGCGACCCCUCUGACAGCAAACCCAUGGCAGAAGUCUUGAGCGAACCUUCGGACGAUUUCGAAGACUUAUCCAACACGGAAUCCGACAGCCCCGAAGAACCGGCACCCUCCGAUUCCAAAAACGACACAACUGAAGAUUUUUUCGAUCUUCUAGGAGGUGAUAAUGAUGUGAAAGAAGAUGCAGCGCCGAUUUUAGAUUUGACAGUUGAGUCUGCCGCAGAGGAGACAAUCACUGAAAUUACUGAAGUUACUGAAAAAACAGAGAGUGAACCAGCGAAAGAAACUCCUCUCGUUGAUGUUACCCUUGAUCUCUUGGUGACCGAGACACAACCAGAACCUGCAAAAGUAGCAGAUCCUCUACUCGAUCUUGACAUUGAUCCAGCUCCGAUCGAAACUAAAAAAACGAACCCACCCGUCGCUGAUAUUUUCGCGGACGACGAAGAAGAAGGUAGCGAUCUCUUUGCUGAGCCCAAACUUUCCAAACCAUCCAAGCCAAAUCCGAAAAGUUUAUUCGAAGAAGUUGAUGACGAUCUAUUCCCAGAGCCCUUGGGUGCCACAGCUAAGAAACCCACACCAGUCACAGUAACAGCGAGUAACGUGGCGAGUGUGCUAGAACCGAAACCAAUAGUCACCAAAGCAGAAGUGGAGGUGAGGAGUAAAGGGGCGGUUUUGACAGAGCCAGAGGAUCUUUUCACAGAGGAGGCAGUGGAGACGGCUCCGGUCACAAAGAUGCAGAGUGGAGCUGUGUCGAAAACAAACGGACUACAUGAAGAGGAGUCAGACAUUUUUGCAGAAGCCACAGUGGAGCUCUCUCUGGACAGUCCCCGAAAUGAGAGAAAGAGAGAGACUCCCAAACCCUCUGCUCCAUCCGCCCUGUCUGGAGCUACUAGCCUCACCAAGCCCACACCUGCUGCUCUGGAGGAGUUGGAAGAAGAGGAAGAAGAAGAGGACGACAAAUUUGAGAUUCAAGUUUCAGUGAAAGAGCCUGAAAAAAUAGGGGAUGGAAUGAAUGCCUACAUGGCCUACAAAGUUUUCACACAGACCACGCUCGCCAUGUUUCGCAGUCCAACGCUCACAGUAAGGCGCCGCUACAGCGACUUCCUGGGGCUCUAUGAAAAACUGUCCGAGAAACACGGUCCAAAUGGAUACAUAGUUCCACCUCCGCCAGAGAAAAACCUGCUGGGGAUGACCAAAGUGAAGGUGGGUAAGGAGGACUCUUCAUCUGCAGACUUUCUAGAGAGAAGGAGAGGGGCUUUGGAAAGGUAUCUCCAAAGAGUGGUCAGUCACCCCACGCUUCUCCAAGACCCUGAUGUCCGAGAGUUUCUGGAGAGGGAAGAGUUGCCGCGGGCAGUGAACACGCAGGCUCUGAGCGGGGCUGGUUUCCUGAAGAUGAUCACCAGAGCCACAGACGCUGUCAGUAAAAUGACCAUCAAAAUGAACGAGUCUGACGUGUGGUUUGAGGAUAAGCUCCAGGAGGUGGAGUCAGCAGACCAACAGUUCAGGAAGCUUCAUGCUCUGGUCGAAUCUCUGGUGCUGCACAGAAAAGAGCUGUCCACAAACACGGCGAGUUUUGCGAAGAGCGCAGCAAUGUUGGGUAGCGCGGAGGAUAACACGGCUCUGUCCCGGGCCCUGUCUCAGCUUUCCGAAGUGGAGGACAAAAUGGAGCAGCUACACCAGGAGCAAGCCUCUAAUGACGCCUUCGGACUCGCAGAACACAUUGCAGACUUCAUCAGACUGCUGGGGGCCGUCAGGGGGUCAUUCGAUCACCGCAUGAAGGCGUGGCAGCGCUGGCAGGACGCUCAGUCGAUGCUGCAGAAGAAGAGAGAGGCCGAGGCUAAACUGCUCUGGGCAAAUAAACCCGACAAACUCCAACUCGCCAAAGAGGAGAUCGCAGAGUGGGAGGCCAAAGUUACACAAUACGAGAGAGACUUUGAGCGAGUAUCGGCCACUGUGCGUAAAGAAGUCCUGCACUUUGAGAAAGAGAGAACGAAGAACUUUAAGAGACAAAUAGUGAAAUAUCUGGAAUCUAUGCUUCGGUCACAGCAACAACUGAUAAAGUACUGGGAGGCGUUCUUACCUGAAGCUAAAGCGAUCGCCUGAUGCCUCCGUGUGGCCACAGCAGGCUGCCUUUUUCUUAUACACUUUACCUCUUUGCCUUUAAAACCAAGGAUCGAACCAAUUGUAGAAAGGGAGAUACAAUCAAAGCCGUUUUUUAAUCACCUUUAACCUAUAGUAGCUCUCUAUUGUAUUUUGAAUUGUAUAUUGUCAUUUAAUCUUUCACAAAUAUUUUCUUAUUAGAUAAAAAAAAAAUACUACAAUGGACAUAUAAGAAGUACCGGUAGUCUGAUGAUUCAUUUUGAUUUGUAAGAUUGAAGUGCACUGUGUAACUUUUCUGGGGAAGUGUCCGCUAGCUGGUUGCGAUGUUGCUUUGCCUGGAAAGUUUCACAGUAUGGCUUUAGCUUGUCUAUCUCCAUGGAGACAAGCAGCUCAAUUUCCACAUCAUCAGAUCAUAUCAAUAAAAACACACGUAACUGAACAAAUGGAAGAUAGAUCCAAAGUUUAAUGGCAUAUUGUGGAACAUUCCAGACAUUAGGGUUGGCAAAAGUAUCGAAAUCAACUUUGAAAUUUUAGUAUCUUGACAACACUACCAGACAAAUAUUUCUUCGUUGGGAUAAUCAGUUGACGGACCACCCCCGCUAGAAAAGUUCCAGAGUGCAUCUUUAAAUAAAAAUAUGGGUUUGUACUCAGGCUUUGUUCGUGUUUACAGUGUCUACUCUUGUUAAAACAUUGUAACGACCCAAGCUGAAGAAAGUUGCCAGUGUUGAUCUAAAAGAAAAAAAAAAAAAAAAAAACACUAUAAAAGGGAUGAAAUAGACUAAUUAUCAGAGCACUUCCACUUGUGUUGGAAAAAAGUACUUAUGAAUACCAGCCAAUGUUUUUCUUUGAAUGUGUUAAAAUGCUGUGCGGUUAAACAAAGUGGCAUUAAAAAGAGCAGAUUUUUGUCCUAUAAAUUCAUUGUGCAAUAACUAGAGUCGGCCAGAAGAGGGCGUAAAAAGUGCACUUCUGGCUCGUUAAAGGAACUGUAUGUAAGAUUUUGAUUUCAAAUUUCAUAAACGUGACCUAAAUGUUCCAUGUUCCAAUCAAAUAUAGCUUUUACUAAGAACAAGUGUAAUGCCGAUUUAUUCUUGAUUACAAAAACAUUGGACAUGAUGCCAAGUAUUUAAUUUUUUUUAUAAUAGGCUCUAUUCAUGCUUAUGUCACAAACGAGGAAGACGUUUGGAAACAUGCAAUGACAGCUUCCGGCGGGCUCUGUUUGCGGUGGUAAGUCUGAUAGAAUCUAGGAAAAAUGAGAAAAUGGCCCAGUUUUCUUCAUCUCCAUGUCAUCAUAGGGUUCAGUUAUGUUCGGCUAAUCAUAAGUUUUCAUAAUUUUCCCGCUGACACACAACUCCAAGCGCACUGGGUACAUGCGAUUAGAAGAGAUGAGGCGCCAAAUUCAAGAUGAUUCCAAACAGCACAUACGUAUGGAGUCUUCAUUUUACCGCUGAUCACAUUUACUUCAGUGGAUAUGAUCACAGUCGGUCGUCGAGUCCAUUGUCGGGAACUACACCAGAAGUCGUCAUCGCAUGUUUCCCAACGUCUCCCUGGUUUGUGACGUAAUAAGAAGUGAAUAGAGUGUGUUUGGUGUUUUGGUUCUCUACAAGAUUGUCCUAUCAGAAAGCAGAAUGAGUCUCACAUGACUCUCAUUUGGGUUAUCAGAUUUAAUGUUAUAAUCCAGUUGGUUUAAACCUAAAAUUCCUCUCUCUGAUCUGAAUAGUCACUCCCUAAACCCCAGCACCUGAACCAAUUCUGAAUCAGUGCUAGUGCAACCUCAGUGAGGGAAUUCUGGAAGUUCUCAGAAGAGGCAUGGCCUGUUGUCCAAGUAUCAAAGGUACAGUGUAGUCCAUGUUAUAUACUGAAAUCGUACCUGUUAUUAUUUUUUCUUUAUUUUAGUAAUACACAGUUUACUUAAAAGACAGAAUGCUUCAACUGGUCAAUCAGGGCUGGGCAAUAUGGUGAUUGAAAUCAAAUGGUGAUCUGACCCUUGCUAUUUUGUUUAAUACAGCUCUAUGGUCAAAACAAACUUGUCAACACUCACACUGCAGAUCACACAGCUGGAUUAACCAUUCACAAUGAAGAUUCCACUUUCAAAAACUGAAGAUGGCUUUAGUUACUUCUUAAAUACUUGAAGACAUGAAUUAUGAUCAAUAGAUUUUUUUGUCAUAUUGCCCAGCCUUAUGGUCAAGAUUCACUGAAAUUAUAUUAUAGGUCAAUACAACAGAGGUUCAUGAAAAUAUAUAUUACAAAAACAAAAUAAUAAAAGUCUAAUAGUGUAAAUUGUCCAUAUUAUAGUAAAAAAUAUAAAACUAAACCAAAAUUUUGACUGAAUCUUAUAUUCAAGAGAAAAAAAAAAAGUACUAUUUUGAAAAUUGCCACUCCUAUGAAAUGUGUAAACAGUAUUUCAUUUACAGGAGCACUAUGUAACUUUUCUGUCGAAGCUUGUCUCCAUGGAGAUUCUGUUGCUUUGCUUGGAAUGUUUCUCAGUGUCACAAAUCUAAAAACAUGCAUUACUCACCUCUUCACAGAUCUGACCUGUAACCUUGUCUGUUUUAUCCACGGUGAGAAACAAGUUGAAUGCCAAACCGUGGAACAUUCCAGGGAAUUCCGUGGAGACAAGCAGCAGAAAAAUAUCACAGUGUAGCUUUAAAUUCUGUACAAAGUCUUUACAGUCGCUUUGGUUUUAUAGGACAGUAGGAGUCGAGCGGAUGGUUUGGACAGAUCUGUGUUUAAAUGAAUUCUUUGUCAGUGCCUUUCUAAUUCAAAUGGAGUUUCAUAAUGUUUCCGAUGAGAAUUUGGGACGACGCUGCCAUGUUCUUUUACGUUUAAGCUCUUGAAACGACCGAGGUUUAUCUGAUUUAACUGGAUUCAGAACAUGUACUGCUAAUGUCAUGCUUUUGUGGUGGGGAUUUUUCUGUUUAAAGUGCAUAUGACAGGUUUUCAUGUUUUUCUAAUUAUUACUUUGAUAAUUAUUGACCACAGGUACUAUCAGUGCAGAGUUUUAUACCAGUUAAGUGGCAGUUUGAGGAAGAAAAGUUGAGAAGAAAAGUAAAAAUACAGGAAGUAACGCUGAGUUCUAAAACAUUUUUCUGACAUUUUAAACCUUCAUUUAACAAAAUAAAGGCGUUGUCUUCUAUCUGGUAGGUAAUACUUAUGGAAUUACCUCUAUGUAAUUAAAAUGGUAAGCUAAUUGAAGAGGAGACUUUUUUAGACAAAAAAUCUUAAAUUUAGAUAUAUCAAUUUGAAACGUCUCCUAUAGUUUAGUACAUAAAUGUAAGAAAAAAGUGUAUUACAAGUUUUUCAUCAUGUAAUGUAAACCUCAUAUAAAAUGAAGGUGUUAUAUGUGUAAAAAUUGCCAAAAACUGCCACCUUUUUUUUUUUUCAAAAACAGAAAAAAUGAAAAGAGCCACAUUUGAAUUUCUUGCUUCUUUUUGAUGAGACAUUAGAUACAAAAAAAUACACAGAGGGGAUUUUGGAUCUUAUUUUGUAUUUGAGUAAACUAGAUCUGACUGAAAAUUUGCCAAAAAUUCAGAUAUCGCCUCAUUUUUUUUAAACUUAUAGAAAUCAGACAGAAUUUUUUACCUGUAGUGUCUUGUCUUAAAAGUGCAUUGUGUAACUUUUCUGGUGUAGGGUCUAUCAUCUGCUUGUUUCUAUGGAUACGUCACUGAUCUGCCUGGAAUGUUCCACAAUAUGACAUUAAACACAUCUACUGGUACCUUACAAUCAAUUCAAUUACAGGCGGUUUUAGAACUAAAAAUAUCUAGAAAAACAGGCAUUCUGACUGAGCUGGGUCGCCUCUCCGCAGAUCUGACCUGUAACUUGUCCUGGUUUGGUCUCCAUGAAAACUGAAAAGUUUAAUGCUAUACUGUGACACAUUCCAGACAAAGCAGUAACAUCUCCAUGACCAGAAAAGUUACACAUUGCACCUUUAAAUAAUAAUAUUUGGCUAAAUGAGUAACCUGUCAUAUGCACUUUCACUUUGAGAUUAGUUAGAAUAAACAGAUCAGCUUGUAAUCUUUAAAUUUGAACGAGGCAUUGCAUUUAAAAGAAAAACAUGCAGGUAUAGCAUUGGGUCUACACACAUUGGAAAAUUUGAAUGAAAAAAUAUUUGCUUUUAUAAUUCAUGCUUUUUUCUAACAAAAAUUUCAUUAUAACAUCAAUUACUAAACCUGAAAACAAUGAAUAUUAAAACUAACUCUUAAAUCUAACUGUAAAAUAAAUGUCCAUAAGUUUACAUUGUUUACAAGCACAGCAAGAAAAAAAUCAUUAUAUAUAAGUAACAUUUCUCAAGUACUAAAAAACAAGAAUGUAUAAAUGAAAAAAUUACAAUAAUAUAAAAACGCAUUCAUUUAUUUUUAUUUGGUUUAAUUUUUUUAUAUAAUUUUCUUGUCAUUCAAUUUUUACGUUGUCUUUUUAUUUUAGAAAAUUUCAAUUUGAGAAUAGUUGUUGUUUAAGGUUUACAAAAUAAAAAAAAUCUAUAUAUACACAAUUAUUAUUUUGAAGCCAGGAUUGCAUUGAUAACAUAUGAAUUAAGUGCUUCCCACAAUGCAUUGCUGUAUAGAUCCAACACUAUUGCGGCCAGUCUCCUAUAUUUGAGUAACAGUCUGUUUAAUUUGGUACAUUUUUGCACAUGUCACCCCGAGAAUCCUUCAGAAUAAGUUGCCACUAAAUGUCACCAUAUUGUUUUGCACAGAGUUGACCUGUUUGUACCCGGGCCUCAAAAUGUCCGCCGUAAAAGUGCACAGUGAUGUCAGCAGCAGCAACAGGCACGGUGUUGUCCUUUGCUCUCAGUUAAAUCAAUAAAGUUGCACUGUUUACACUUCAGAAA